AUGCGAGAAGAGUUCAGCACUCUCUUCCCUCUGUGUACACACGAACUAGCGCUAUCCACUAGGCCGGAAGCGGGAGCGAGAGAAAAACUCACUUUGCAAGAAAAGCUCGCUUACGCCUGGAUUCGAUCCCCUGACCUGACCUCUAGAAGUAUUCGAGCUUCAAUGGAAGUCAACAUGGGCGACGCCGAUGAACGCUUUCGAAGACUGGUUCCAUUGAAGCUGAAAAACGCGGACAACUCCGUUGCUGUCAUACCUUCGACUCUCCUCACCAUCCUGGCUGGAUAUCGGGCAAUCGGAAUUAUGGAGCAUUGGGGGCUGUCGAUGCAGCUGUUCAACGCCCGCGUGCGGUCCCCCGUGCGUGAUUGGAACGUUUCCACUCACGUUAACCCGGGGGGGGGGUCCGGGAUUCGUGAUGAGGUACUCCAGUGGGCUCAUCAAAGCCCGGCCAUUCACGACGCGUUACGGACAGAUAUGCUGUUGUACUCUUUCGCGCUAUCCAUUUUCAAGCAGCAGGCGACAGAUGCACUCGGUACGGACUGGCUCGAAUGCACAACACCUUCGUGA